AUGCACGAAGAUCCCAUGAUGCAGGAAUCUGAAGUGUCUCUAUAUCUCCACGCAGAGUUCCUUCCAAAUAUCCGUCAAACAACACUCUACAUUUCCCUGCCCGGAACUGCGGCAUUUGACGGCAUCUACCCAGAUGUGCAACUGUCACAGUCGAGAAAGGCCGUAACAGUCUCAUUACCACCCCCUUUCCAACAUGUCACAGAAACAAUCAAGCUUCCAGCACGCGUCACCGAUGCGUCUCGACGCGCCCUUCAGACCAGCAUAAGACCGAUUCAGAAGUCAAGUGGUGAACCAUUUGAGUUCUCCUUCCGAAUGCCGGUUGAUGCCACCGAUGAGGCGCUGGCGCCUCGGGAUGAACUGAUUGAUGAUUUCGUCCCCUGGACAGCAGAUAAAAUGUCGGGUUCGACGCGAAUUCGGUGUCGGAACUGCGAACAACAUUUCAUGGGCUUUUCAUCAACAUCUGAGACUGCGAAUGACAACAGUGAUGAGACCACCCAGGCGUGGGACUGGAAAGAUUUACCAAGUGGCAAUUGGGCUGAAAUGAUGGACUUUUGGCAUUGUCACAAGCCCGAUCCUCAUGAAGGCGACGAAAAAGAUGAGAAGGACUCCGCACUUCGGAUCGAGGAUCAAACCGCACAAACGAAGGGUUACGGCGCUGAUAGUCAGGUGGUAGCAAUCCCUGGGACCGUCCUUGUUGAUGUUGCUACUUUUCUGCUUGCCGAAUUGGAUUGCAGGGGACUUGUAAAGGCCAACGACGAAGAGCAAAGGUCCAACACCGAAUCUACGGCACACAGAACGUUGGACUGCGCCAAAUGCGGAUCAAUCAUCGGCAUGGAAGACCCAUUUGCCAAGGGAUGGCGAUUGCUCAAAGCCAAUGUCUCCUUAAACACCAACCAUGUACUCGACACUGAAACACCGGACUGGGAAACCCAUUCGGCAGAUGUUAUAAUCGCAGCGCAAUUGCUGGAACUAAUUGAGCGCGAAAGCGCUCGUCGUUUCGUUGUUCACUGUGGCCAAAAAAACGGCCUUGUGCUUUGGGUCUUCAACCCUAACAUGAAAUAUUCGAACUUGAGCUCUGGUCACAGUAUCAUGGCCCAGCAGGCUAUGAAGGUCUUUUUCCAGGAGACAGCUGACGUGCAUGGUCUACUACACCCCGAGAUUGGAAACCCAUCGCCCUUGUCUGUGGAAGAAGUUGAGCUUCCGUCGAUGGUGUUCGAGGCAACAGAGAAUGCCCUCCGGAGAAGCAACCUGAUGCUCCCGGCUUCUGCGAGGAAAUUCAAUGAAUGGCAGGUUGGGUUGUUGAGCCGAUUCCGCCGAGGGCCCUCAGACCACGGCAGGCAAGCAUCAUAA